AGUAUAUAGGCUACAGUUAAAAUAAUCGACGUCAAACAGGCGAGUUUAAUCUUCUUGAAGCGGAUUUACGCUUGUAAGGCAUAAAAAAGCCAAACGUGCUGUCGGAAACUGGCAGUAAGUAACGGGACCAAGACGGAGACAGAAAUUUAAACUGAAAUAAACAAGAGAAAGGGGAAAAUUGACAUAUCACGAAAGAACGCAACAUGCCGAAAGCCUGCGGUGUCUUGAUAUUUGUGCUGUACUUGUAUCAAGCCAUAGGACCAAGUGUGGGGUUUGGAUUGGGAGGAGUUUGCCCGGACGAGCACAUAACCUGCUCUUGUGGCCAAAACGGGGCAACUAUUCAAGUGAAUAUCAAAGCUUGUGUGCAUUUCUACCGUUGGAAACCGUACUGCAAGAUAUGUGACAAGGAUAGCUUUAGCAGCGAGGCGGAGUGCCAGAAAAGAGAAUUCUGUGCCACGUGUAGCCCCAAUCAGGGAGAGAGCUGUGUCUCCUGUCCCCCCGGAAGGUUUGGUGCCACUACGGAGUGUAGGGGAGUUUGUCAAUGCCAGAACGGGGGCACCUGUAAUACUUUUGACGGCAGCUGUUUCUGCAGAGAUGGUUUUACUGGCAUUCACUGUGAAAUCGGUUCCGCUCCUCCUACAACAACUAGGCCUACUACUACUUCUACUUCUACCACUACAAUCGCAACAACCGUCGCCAUCACUUGUCCGGCUUUACCCAACCCUCCCAAUGGUCGGGUGUCAGCGAAUACUGCGCAGGCUCAGGGGUCAAAGGUUACGUACACCUGUUUCCAAGGAUACCGAUUAGUUGGUCCUUCAGAGCGCACUUGUAACGACGGUGUGUGGAGCGGACAGCAACCACAUUGUGAGUUGAUCCGUGUGACAUGCCCUACGCCUACAGCGCCAUCUAACAGUAAAAUCAAAAUCACUAGUGCUAGAGAGGAGUACACACCAGGGAUGAGGUAAGAGCAAUUUUAAAGUGC